GAUUUUUGCGUGUGCCAUUUAGAGCUUAUUUCUAUUUCAAUUGCCGAACUGUAUUUAAGUGCAUACAAAUUGGAGUUUAAGUGAAAUAUAGAUCCGCAGGAUGGAGGAGCAGGCCUGCCCGCGGUGUAAGACCACCAAAUACCGCAAUCCAUCGCUGAAAUUGAUGGUCAACGUUUGCGGCCACACGCUAUGCGAAUCAUGUGUGGACAUGCUCUUCCUCAAGGGCUCCGGCGCCUGUCCGGAAUGCAUGGUACCGUUACGGCGCAACAACUUUCGCGUGCAGCUCUUUGAGGAUCCCAUGGUGGAAAAGGAGGUGGACAUACGACGUCGCAUACUGCGAGACUACAACAAGCGCGAGGAGGACUUUGCCACGCUUGAGGAGUACAACGACUAUCUGGAGGAGAUCGAGGACCUAGUAUACAAUCUGUGCAACAACAUUGAAAUAAUCGAGACCAACAAACGCAUCGAGGCCUACAAGCGGGACAACCGCGACGUCAUUCAGCGCAACAAGACGCGCGUCGGUCGCGAUGAGUGCGCACUGGAGGAGCUGCUUGAGCUGGAGCGAGCACAGGAUGAGUCGCGCAAAAAGGAACUCGAAGAGCUGGAAACAGAGCACAAAAAGCAGAAGGCGCGCGACAAGCAGGCACUCAUCGAGGAGCUAAUGUACAGCGGCAAGGACGCUGCCACAAUUGUCAGCGAGUUCGCCGAGAAGGCGGAAAAACAGCGCGAGGAGGAGAAACAGCUGCCGCCACCAAAAACCGCCAACGAAUUCUCCACAGGCAUCAAGUUUGGCCAGACGGCAGACCCUAGCUUACUGCCAGUACCCAAAUCGGAGGAGGGUCCGCUGUUUGUUUACGAGCCGCUGUUACCCAUCACCGAGGGUCCCACGCCGCCGCCUAUCAGCGACGUCGAGUCCAUGGGCUACAUCUCACACAUGCGCUCCGAGACGCCUCAGGAAAACGCCGGCGGCUUUACUUCCACAAUGGCAUGCCAGCGGGCUCUGCAGGAGGCGCUGCAGUGCCUCUACUAUACGCCCACUGCCGGUGUAGGCGUCGGCCUUUAGCAGGACAAUUGAACAAAUAUUAUAGUUUAAAACUAACA